AUGCACCCAAGAAAUAGAUACAAUACUCAACCCGACUUUCAUGUACUUGCUUUCAAAUAUCCAAAGUUCAGGAAACACGUGCGUUAUGAUAAAGAGAAUAAAGCUUAUAUAGAUUUUCAUGAUCCAGAUGCGGUGCGAGAAUUAUCCUAUACAUUGUUAAAGAAUGACUUUGGAUUGUACUUGGAGAUACCAAACGAUGCGCUUUGUCCAAUGGUCAGCCUCUGUCAAUCCUGUUGUGAUAUUGAUGAGCCUAGUACAGAAUACGAGAUUUGUUUGCAUCCAAAUAGGCUUAACUACAUCCACUGGAUCGAAGAUCUAAUUUGCGAUGUCGUAUCAAGCACAGAAGAUGUCUAUGGAAUCGAUAUAGGCACUGGUGCAUCAUGCAUAUAUCCUCUUCUUGGUUGUGCAUUGAACGCGAACUGGAAAUUCUUGGCCACCGACGCUCACAAAAGGCUUCUUGAAGCUGCGAUGAAUAAUGUUGAAAAAAACAAUCUUUCUGACAGAAUAACUUUACUACUGAAUUCAUCGAAUAGAAAACUCCCCAUUGAUGAUGUGCCUGAAAGAGAUUAUGCCUUUUGUAUGUGUAAUCCACCAUUCUACGAAAGUGUCAAACAGCACGAAAUAGCUGCUGCAAACAAAAAGAAGCCACCAUCUUCGACAUGCACAAGUUCCCAAGACGAAAUGGUGACCCCUGGUGGGGAAUAUCAAUUUAUUAAGGACAUUUUAGAAGAGAGUCUUGUCUUUCGAAGGAGAAUAUCAUGGUAUACAUCGAUGAUUGGAAGACUAGAGACAGUUGAUUUGAUAGUUGCAGAAUUGAAGAAACACAAGAUUGACAAUUUUGUUUUAACCGAGUUUGUACAAGGGAAAACACGACGAUGGGGGAUUGGAUGGUCGUUCGGGAACCAAAGACCUCCAAUGGCCAUCUCCCAACCGUCAUCAAGAAAGCUCCGCCACGUCAAACCACCAAUAUCAGAGUUUGUAACUACUUGGGAUACCAACCCAACCUCGCUCUACUUUGCCAUAACCUCCAUUCUUACUGAAGCCCUUGUUUCCUAUCAACGGAAUAGUGACAGUGCUGUUGAGAAGAGCAAUGACUUCAACGAUGAUAGUAUAUUGUGUUCUGGAGCUGUAUUUGUUGAGACGUGGUCACGUAAAACACGAAGGAAGAUUGCUGCUGGAGAAGACAUUACAUUGAAUGUUGAAACUGAUCAGCCUUUAUUCAAAUAUGCGAUUAGGUUGGAGAAAAGCACUGAGAAAAAUACUGAAGCGCAAGAUCGAAUGAAGACAAAGUUGACAGUUUCUUGGAUAUGGGGAGAUAACAGAAAUAUAUUUGAGAGCUUUUAUUUGCAUUUGAAAAGAAGGCUGGAUGAGAAAUUCAAAACAGAUAAGAAACAAAAGAUUGAAAGAAACGACAAAACAACGAGUUAA